UGAGCCGGGCCGGGUGGGGGGCGGUCCGGCCUCCCGGGCUGUCAGGUCCCGGACGAGGAAGUAGCGGUAGGCAUUCAGGAGCAGACAGCGACGUGCGACUUGUUCGAUCCGAAGACUUCCAGAAACAACCCUGUCCGACACUAUGGCACAAGCAGACAUCGCGUUGAUCGGCCUGGCCGUCAUGGGCCAGAAUAUCGUUCUGAACAUGAACGACCAUGGCUUCGUGGUGUGCGCCUUUAACCGGACGGUGUCUAAGGUUCACGACUUCCUGAACAACGAGGCGAAGGGGACCAAGGUGAUCGGCGCGGAGUCCCUUGAGGACAUGGUCUCCAAGCUGAAGAAGCCGCGGAGGAUCGUCCUGCUGGUCAAGGCCGGCCAGGCGGUGGACGACUUCAUCGACAAGCUGGUUCCUCUUCUGGAGGCCGGAGACAUCAUCAUCGAUGGAGGGAACUCUGAGUACAGAGACACAACACGCCGCUGCAGGAGCCUGGAGAAGAAGAAGCUGCUGUUUGUGGGCAGCGGGGUCAGCGGAGGAGAGGAAGGGGCCCGCUACGGGCCCUCUCUGAUGCCCGGGGGACACGUGGCGGCCUGGCCACACAUCAAAGACAUCUUCCAGAGCAUCGCUGCCAAGGUGGGCACAGGGGAGCCCUGCUGUGAUUGGGUGGGCGACGAGGGGGCGGGACACUUUGUGAAGAUGGUCCACAACGGCAUCGAGUACGGAGACAUGCAGCUGAUCUGUGAGGCGUACCACCUGAUGAAGGACGUCCUGGGGAUGGAGCACGACGAGAUGGCCGAGGAGUUCAACAAGUGGAACAAGACCGAGCUGGACUCCUUCCUCAUCGAGAUCACCGCCAACAUCCUCAAGUUCCGCGACCCGACGGGCACCCACCUGCUGCCCCAGAUCAGGGACAGCGCCGGGCAGAAGGGGACGGGGAAGUGGACGGCCAUCUCAGCGCUGGAGUACGGCACGCCCGUCACCCUGAUCGGCGAGGCGGUCUUCGCCAGGUGUCUGUCCUCUCUGAAGGAUGAGAGGGUGGUGGCCAGCCGCAGCCUGGCCGGGCCCUCGGGGGCCAAGUUCAGCGGGGACAAGGCCGCCUUCCUGGAGGACAUCAGGAAGGCCCUGUACGCCUCAAAGAUCAUCUCCUACGCCCAGGGCUUCAUGCUCCUCCGGCAGGCGGCCAAGGAGUUCGGGUGGUCUCUCAACUACGGAGCAAUCGCACUCAUGUGGAGAGGAGGAUGCAUCAUCCGCAGUGUGUUUCUGGGUAAGAUCGGGGAGGCCUUCGACCGCGACGCAGAGCUGCAGAACCUGCUGCUGGAUAAGUUCUUCAGCGACGCGGUGCACGAGUGCCAGGCCUCCUGGCGCAGGGCCGUGAGUGUGGGCGUCCAGCAGGGCAUCCCCAUGCCCUGCUUUACCACCGCCCUGUCCUUCUACGACGGCUACAGGCACGCCAUGCUGCCCGCCAACCUGCUCCAGGCUCAGAGAGACUACUUCGGAGCGCACACCUACGAGCUGCUGUCCAAACCCGGCCAGCACGUCCACACUAACUGGACCGGCACCGGCGGGAACGUGUCGUCCUCCUCCUACAACGCCUGAAGGCCGCCUCCCAGCGCGCCACAGGGAUCCAGAGCUGCCGCCCCAAUGCUGACUGAUUUUAUUCCGGCUCUCGAACCAAACCGGGCCGCUCCGGGACCGCAUCCACCCCCCCCGUCAUCAAACUGUAGGUUUUCUUAAAUAUUGUUGCGGUUUUAUUUAUGACCAAAGUGAAAUCCCUAGUCAUACGUGUUUUUUCUGAAAUCAUAAGCUUGAGUUAAGGGCGUGUGCUGUUUGUGUGGUAACCAAAACACAGAUGGCCCCAGCGAUGUCCCCCCCCCCCUUGCUAAACAAAGACUAGCUGGUUACCAGGCGGUGUUCACCAAUCAUGUAAGACCCCGGGGUUUACCAUGUUAACACUGGAUUAGGGUGAACCAUUGGAGUGAACUGUUUCAGGCUAAAUAAAGAAAUCAAUCCCUUUGUAAUAA